AUGCGACACGACUCAACCGCGAAACUCGAUAAAUCAGUAUCCGUUGUUCAUCGGUUGGCCUCGUCUAUUGGCUACGAUGUUCUGGAUCCGAACUUUCGGAUGAACAAACGUUCGUAUUGCAUGCUGGCGAUUCUCUCUGUAGUCUAUCCGUUGAUAGGUUGUUCAUUUUGGAGACACAGACAUGAUGCGCUUAUUGGGCUGAAAGUUUUCCUACUUUGCACGAAAGCAAUCCAGGCACUGUCCAAGUUUUAUAACGCGAUCAACAGUCGUCGGAAUUACCCGGUUUUACUAGACGAACUUCAAGCAGUGCUUGGCGAAUUGCAGAAGAAUCCAAGCAAUGAAUCGAUUCUGCUCAAACACAUGACACGGUUGAAUUUCUGGCAGAAGACCAUCGUGUACCUCUAUCGUGUGGCCAUGGCGUUGGCGCUGAUUUUAGGUCUUGUACUGUCUGUGGUCAAUGGUGAGUUUACGCUGGUUCUAGAGGUGCACAUUCCGUUUGUGGACGAAAAAACAUUUUUUGGAUAUAUUGUGACUACCGCCUGUCAUGGGAUACUUGUAAAUCUUGCCGCCAUUGUAUUCCCAGCAUUCGACAGCUUCUUCAUGAUAUUAAACCUUCCCAUUGGAGCCUUUAUCGACGCAAUUGGAAAUGAAAUAGGUGAAUUGAAUCUAUUACUUGUCGAUGAUGUUUCAUCGAAUCAGCAGCAAAUUGAAGAAAAAAUACAGAGAAUUUAUCGCGCCCAUCAAAUGCUGGUUGACUUCGAGACAAGGGUGGAUAAUCAUUACUCGGGACAUAACUGGAUUUUGUUGACUGCUAAUAUGGUCGGAAUGGUAUGCAGCGUGUAUUUGGCAUACAUAAAACGUUACUAUACAGCGUACGGAGUGUUGGUCGCAAUGAUUGCCCAGAUAUCGCAAUACUGUAUUCUGGGAACUUAUGUCGCUGCCAAGAACCAGCGAAUGGUCGAGUUUGUAUAUACAGUCAGUUUCUACAAUCUAUCAAUACGUCAUCAGCGAAUGAUUGCAUUGAUGCUCCAUCGGGCUCAGAAUGCCACCGAAAUGUGCGCCGGACGAAUAGUUCCAUUGAAUAUGGAAACAUACGUUGAGGUGUUGAAGGGGAUGUAUUCUUAUAUAACAAUACUAGCAACUAUGAUGGAUUGA